UAUCUGGCUAUUUGUCGACCRUUUCAGUACCACUCUGUCAUGUCAAAGCACAGGGUCAUUAAGUUAGUGUGUUUGUUUUGGUUAACACCUUGUUGCAUUAUUACUGUGAAUACUCUUCUGAUAGCCAGGUUGAAUUUAUGCAGCUCAUAUAUAAACAGGCUCCUCUGUGUGAACUGGAGCAUCGUAGCUCUGGCUUGUUAUCCAAAUGAAACUUUUAUUAAUGGGAUAUUUUCAAACUUUAUAUUAACAAUUUAUGUAAUUCAUGGUGCCUUUAUUUUUUGGUCAUACAUAUAUAUUGUUAAAAAUUGUGCCAACUCCAUAGAAAACAGGGCAAAGUUCAUGCAAACCAGUGUUCCACAUUUAGUUUCCUUAUUCACUUUUAUAAUAACCUCACUGAUCGAUGUUGUAUUUAUAAGAUUUGUUUCCGAAAACAUACCCAAAGCUCUUAAAAACUUUAUUUCAAUAGAAUUGUUCGUCAUUCCUCUCAUCAUGAAUCCACUCAUUUAUGGGUUCAAAUUGACCAAAGUUCAAAACAGAUUUAUUAGGCUUGUUGCUUUUAAAAAUAACAAACAUUGAGCUCACAUGUUGAAGACACAUUCCUGCACUGCAAGUAGUUUAAGUUAAGUUGUUAGAUGAAAUGCAAUAUGUGUAAAAUAAAUGGACUGGUAAUUAUAUAUAUAUAUAUAUAUAUACAGUAUAUUUCUGUUGGUUUCAGUUUUUACCUGAAUCUGUAAUUUUGGACUUAUCUGCCAUCAUAUCCAGAUAUUUUUGUUGUUUUGUCGUUUUAACUUUUUAGUAUAAUAUGUUAAGGCCCUGUCACACUAUAACUUUUUAGACAAAUCAUGAAUUACGUUUUGUUGUACAAGAAAUCUCACUGAUCAAUUUGCUAGCAUUAUAACAUGUGAUUUUUAAAUUAUGUCUUUAGUGUGGAUGUCUUAAAAAUGUUCAUACAUUGUCUAAAAAUUGUAAA